GUUUUACGAUUGACAAUUUUAAGUGCAGAAAAAUGCUGGCAAAAAUAUCUUUAAUUGUAAUAUUCUUUGUUAUGUGCGAAGCUGAGUAUAUUCCUUAUUACGGUGCAGCUACCUCAUUUAAUAAAAUCAAUAAUGGUUAUUAUGGUUUACCUAAAUACGAACAAGGCGGUAAUUACGAGGAUUACGAUUAUGGUUACAGACCGGCCAGUUAUGGAAAACAAUAUGAUGAAUACGGCUACCCAAAGUACAAAUUUUCUUACGGUGUCAACGACCCACACACUGGAGACCACAAGUCUCAACACGAAGAAAGAGACGGAGACGUAGUCAAGGGCUACUACACCGUAGCUGAUCCUGAUGGAACUCUUCGUACUGUUCAUUACACUGCCGAUGACCACAAUGGUUUCAACGCCGUUGUCCAGAGAGACGGAAUCCCCAUUCACCCCGAACCUGUUGGAAAAGUAUUCCUGCAACCCGUCGACAAAGUGGUUCUAGAACCAGUUUAUGAAAAAGUAGUUUAUGAUAAACCUAUUUACGAGAAACCUUACGGUUAUGAUUACAAUAACGCGUAUGCAGGGUAUGGGCCACAGCACUAUUAAAAUUAAAAAGUUUAUUACCAAUUAUAGUUGUUUUAU